UAAAGCAAAAGCUAAAAAGAGAAACCAAAAAACAAAACAAAAUAAAAGCCCUUAUAAGAGAAAGAAGAAAUUAAAAAAAGUGGAAAAGGUAAGUAAGAAAGAAAGAUAAAAGAAACAAACACAAAUAAGAUUGAAUUAAAACUCCAUGAUUCAAAAACCACACAUUAAUUCCUUGGGUUUUGCUCCCUCUCUAAUAAGCUCAUACUACUACUACUUAUAUUAAGCUAAAGCAAAGAAAUCCUCUUGAAAAGUUUCUACAAAAGCCCUCCUUUGUACCUUCAAAGAGAAAAACAAAAGAAAACACAACCAUUUUUAACAAGUUUAUAAAGGAAACAUCAUAAAGAGAGAAAGAAUAAGAGAAGAUGAAUAGAGGUCAUCAUGUGUUGCAAAACUCUCCGGUGCAACAAAUGAUGGUGGCCGGAAAUCCAAGUUGGUGGCCAAACAUAAACAACUUGAUGAGACCACCUAUAAUAUCAUCAUCCCAUCAUCAUCAACAACCUUUGCUUUCAUCACCAUCUUCUUCUUCAACUACCAAUUUCUUGGCUCCACCUCCUAAUAAUAAUAACAAUGACAUCAAUAAUAAUGUUUACCAAGCUCAUUAUAAUAUGAAUAAUAUGCCUACACAAGCUUCCUCUUCUUCUUGGCUUGAUGAUCAUCAUGCUAAUCAACACCAUCAAGAGCAACAUCAACAAGUACUUCCUGAGUCUUGGAGCCAACUCCUCUUGGGUGGAGUUUUUUUAGGGGAUGAAGCAAAAAAAAUGGAGACUAAUUGGGAAGAACAAGUAGUGCUUCAACAACAACAACAUCAUCCUCAUCUUAUAGAUGUGAAACAAGAGAGUUCAGUAAAUAGUUACAAUAAUAAUGUUUAUAGUACUACUACCCAUGAUCAAGAAUUUCAGCUAGCAACAGCAGCAGCAACAACAAAUAAUUGGUCUCAUCAUCAUCCUCAUCAACUAAAUAUUCCAGUUUCUUCUCCUCAGUCUUGUGUUACCUCUUAUAGUAGUAGCAACAACUUGUUGGAUUUCUCCUCCUCUAUAUCUAGUGAAAAUCUUCACUCAAGACAGCCUCCUCCUCCUCCCCCGGAUCGAUCGUCCGAGUGUAAUAGCACAAAUACUGGUGGGGCAGCAAAGAAAGCCAAGGUUCAAGCUUCAUCAACCCAAUCUAGUACUACCUUCAAGGUGAGGAAGGAGAAAUUAGGAGAUAGGAUAACAGCCCUUCAUCAGCUUGUCUCACCUUUUGGAAAGACUGACACAGCUUCUGUCUUGUUAGAAGCCAUUGGAUACAUUAGAUUCCUUCAGAGUCAAAUUGAGGCUCUCAGCCUUCCAUACCUAAACACUGGAGCAGGAAACAAGAGGCAGCCUCACACUAUCUUGAAUGACAAUUGCUUGAAGAGAAAAGGGGGUCCUGAUGAUCAGGAUUCAUAUGAUCAAGAGCCAAAGGACUUGAGGAGUAGAGGGUUAUGCUUAGUUCCAGUGUCAUGCACAUUACACGUUGGAAGUGACAACGGAGCUGAUUAUUGGGCUCCGGCACUCGGUGGUGGUUUCCGGUAGGCGGUGGCGUUAGGUUUCCGGUGUAUCGACGGGACAUUGAAGCUUCAGUGAAUGGAUAUAACAUCAUUAGCAGUCAAUCUGCCCCAACUUUUUUCUAGGAAGAAAAUCAAGGUUGAUUGCUCCUGAUGCUAUGUACGUAAUUCUCUUGAAUUGCAUUCAAGUGUGCUGUAAAUUAAAUUUAGAUUCAAGAUUUUAAGGCUAGUGUUUUUAAUUUAAUCUAGUUUUUAACAAUAAGCUACUACUUUUAAUCAAGCUUGUUCAAUUUUAUGUUAGUAUAUUAUGAAAGAAGAUUUCAUGUGCAUGCAUGCAAUUGCAAUUCCAUUUUUAAGAAUGGUUAAUUGCAUUUUGCCUACAUGUGGUUAGUAUCAUUAAUCAAGUGUAUUUUUCAUUGUUA